GAAUGUUUCUUGCUAUCAAAUUGAUAGUCAGCACAUCAGAAAACAAUGGCUCUUCCACCCAAAUUCUCUGGACAACUGCUUGCUUCUGCUUCUGCUUCGCACACAGAAGCAAAGCACACAAUCGAACUGUAUCUGGACUACGUUUGUCCCUUCUCAGCCAAGAUGUUCAAGACAUUCUACAAGGAAGUCGUCCCUUUGAUAGAGAAGAAAUAUACAAACCCCGGCGUGCGAGUAAUUUUCCGUCAACAAAUCCAGCCAUGGCACCCAUCUUCGACAUUGGUUCAUGAAGCUGGUGCUGCCAUAUUGAAAACUUCGCCCAAGUCAUUUUGGGCAUUUUCAGAGAAGCUCUUCCAACAGCAGAACGAUUAUUUCGAUGUCAACGUGGUCAACGAAACUCGCAACAACACUUACAAAAGACUUGCGAAAUUGGCCGGUUCAGUGGACGGAGUGGAGGAGAAGACCGUUCUGGACUUACUCCUUGUUUCGGACAAGCCUGCCGAAGACGGCAGCCUCAAUAUCGGGAAUAAAGCGACAAAUGAUGUCAAGUUGAUGGUCAAGGCCAACAGACUCACAGGCGUCCAUGUCACUCCUACUGUUCUGUUCAAUGGGGUGGAGGAACGUAGCAUUUCCUCUGGCUGGACGGUGGAGCAGUGGGAAGAAUGGCUGCAGAAGAAUGCAACUUGAUAACCUGCUCAACCAGGGAUAAAGGGUGGUGUGGCCCCGGAAACGGAACGAAUCAGGUCCGGCAACAAUUGGACUGUUGAAGGCGAGGGUAUCAUUAUUUUGUAGAUGGUAUUCGAUGCGAUGCGUUCUCUCGAUCGCCUCCGACGCCGACACAACGGAUGAAAGCAAGUUGUGUUUGAUAGCUGGGGUUAUGCUAGACCUGUAUGAACCUCUAUUAUCUCGUGCC